UUUUCGAAUCGGAAGUAGACCCGCUGCUCGUUUACAGACGCUGUCUUUUCCAACAAAUUCCUUGGAGCUAGGAUGACAUGAUGAGGCUGUUGGUGGUGGCAUUCUGUUGCCUAGCAUUACUACUGUUGUUUGAAGUCUCAAUAGAGGCUGGAGGAGUGAUCUACAACUAUAAACGCUACACUUACAAGAAGAAACGUGAUGAUAAGAAGUACAGAAAUGCCAAGACCGUGUGUGAGGUGAAGACUGAGUGCCUGAGACAACAAGGUGUAGAUCAGACAGCCUGUAUACGACAGUGUAUAUCAAAGUUCUGCUACAAUGAACUUUAUGGCAAUGACCCAUUGGAGGAAGGCGAGAUCGAUGUACGUCUGAACUCGUUUAAAGGAUGUUUGGCCCAAGAGAAAAGAUCUUCCAUAUAUGAUGAAUCUGCAAACAACCAACUCAUAUGAUCUCAAAUCCCAGCAAAAGCAAUUCUCAUCAGUUUGUGUCACUUUAGAUUGUAAGAACUUGUGACCUGUUUUAAACAUAUUGCUGCAAUUCUUUGUUCAAAUAAAUGAAAUUGAUGAAUCACAAGCAUCUCAAAGAUGAGCAAGUCACUGUAUUGUUUAUAAAUAUGUUUACUUUAUUAUCAGUGUGUGUAAAUAUCCAUAUUGGGUGAUGAGCAAAAAUAAAUGUUUGAACUGUUUUGUGUGAAAUUUAUAUAUCAUGUAUUGUGAAAAUUACAAAACAAUGAAACUACAGUAAUUUGAAAUAUAAGAUUAUUUCAAUGUAUUUAUUGCUUUCAUGUAUUUCCUGAUAAAGAUUUGUACAAAGGAAUAUUUAUUUUUAUUACUAGCCACCCAUGGUUCUGAUAAUUGUUCUCAAACUUAUGCUAUUCAUUUGUAGAAUAACAUGGAGAGCCGAGUAGAUUGCAUCGUGAAAUCAUCUGAAAUAUCUUUCUAAUAGAAAAACAAUAAUAAAAACAAAGUCUUAUCAAUAUCACUCAUUUUCAAUGUGUUGAGGUAAACAGAUUUCAUUUUAUGAUCAAAAUUGAAAUGAUGAAAAAUGAUGUAUGUAUGUUUAUAUAAGUAACAGCUUGUUUUAUGAAUAAGUUAUAAACAGUAAUGUGUGGUGUAUGCAAAUUUGAAUGCUGAGUAAAAAAGGGAAAGAAAGAAAAGAAAUGUUGCAAGAAGUUAUGUUAUAAUGUACAAUUUUGUUUUGUAUUUUUCAAAAAUUAAAUGAUAAAAAUUUGG